UGCAGUUAUGUAGAAGAAGCACAUGACGUGUGAUUGCGUUUCGUUGUGAAUGGCUACUGCUUCAGUUUAACCAAACAUGAAAGAAUUCGACGAUUUCAACUUUAGUGUAUACAAAUACACCAAAGAGUUGACCCGUGAAUGUGUGGGCGGCAGCGAUUUGCAGCAGCGAAAAAACGAAAUCGAGGCCUACAAUGAAACGACGGCAGCGACUCUCAAGCAAACAUGCAAAAAUAACUACAUGGAGUUUAUCCAGACGGCCAAAGAGAUAUCGCAUCUCGAGUCAGAAAUGUAUCAGCUGUCACAUAUUCUCAUUGAGCAACGCAACAUUUUGGCCAUCAUGACCGAUGGCAAGACCGCCUCCCGCCUGAAGGCAGACAGCGUGGAGGCUGAGAGUAGCACCGCUGUCGAUGAUGUGCAAAACAGCCAUGCCACACGUGCGGUUAAGGAAAUGGUUCAAGGAUUCAAUGGCAAUCUGGAGGGCAAGACGUUUCUAAACGAGGGCGCCCUCAUCGAAUUGGAUGCAAAUGAUUACAGGCCCAUACAGCGGGUGUUCUUUUUUCUGUUCAACGAUGUGCUCAUUGUGUGCAAAGUGAAGCAUGACAAACGUUUGGACUUCCUCAAGGAAUACGAUCCCAAGAAAAUAGCCGUGAUCAAUAUCAAGGAUUUGGAUGGCGUUAAAAAUGCCAUUAAUAUCAUCACACCAGAUGGCUCAAAGAUAUAUCAAAGCAUCACAGCAGCCGGCAAGUCCGAAUGGAUUGAAAAACUCGAGGAGGCCUUUCGUUUCGAUCAGCAAAAAAAAACGAAAAAAGGACAGGCACCGCAGCCACCCACGCGAGCCAAGCAGCAGUCGUCCAAGUCAUCCUCACCGGAGAAGAUUAUCAGCACUCCCUCAGUCCAGUCGCCCCCAGAGCCCAAGUCGCUGGAGAAUGAGACACCCGAGUGGCUGAGCACGGCCAGCGAGGAGAUUCAAACAUUGGUGGCUCAGCGACACUUUGAGGAUGCCCAAGACCUGAUCAAGCGCACACAGGAGUACGUAAAGGGCGAGAACCGCAAGAAAGUGCCCCAGGCGGAGAGCAUUGAGAGCAAGGUGAAGCAGCAGGAGCUCAAGCUGAUCAAUGUGCUGCUUAAGGAGCUCUCGAAGAGCAAUCGCAAUUUGCAAAUCGCCUUAAGGGCCGCCCAACGUCCACUAAAGAUACUCGUGGAGAUGGGCCGCUAUCGGCAGGCGAGUGCCUCCCUGCUGAAGGUGUGCGCCGUCAGUCUGCGGGUGUCGCAGCGCGAGGCGCGUAGGAAUAAUGCAGAUAUAUCGGAGCUAUUCUUUUGUGAUCUGACGCAGGUGGCGUGUGAUUAUCUUACGGCAUUUGAGCAGCAGCCAGCGUGCGUGAGUGCUCUUGUCGUUUGGUGCAAUGCCGAGCUGCAGUACUUUGCCAGCCAGCUCAUCAAACAUUAUCUGACCAAAGGCACCACACUGGAGACAGUCGCCAAAUGUGUGGAGCGUGUGCGUAAGCCCUCUACGAAGCUAACCGAGAUUGGCCUAGACAUAAGCUACCAUAUGGAGGGUCUGCUGCGCACCACUCUGGAAUCACUGAUCGAAGAUUCCAAGGAGCGUCUGUUGGACUCUGUGGGGCGCUCUGAGGAAAGCUGGCAGCCCUACAAUCUGCAAACGAAAUCACAUCUGAAGCGUUUGCUGCUCGAGCUGGAUGUGCUGGGCAUCGAUGUGCGCGCCCAGGCCACUGGCGACACUUGGAUUAACCUGACACAGUCCACGGUGGUGUUUAUACGACACUUUUUGCAGCUAAUCGAACACUGCGGCGGCUUGGCCAAGUGUGAGACGCUGCUGCAGAAGCUGGAUCUGUUGCUAAAAGAGCUAUUCAUUGCCCAUCACUCACAGAAGCCGCCCAGCGAUAUGGCUGUGGAUCCCAACUUUGUGAUGAAGAAUAAAAUCUUUCUAGUGGACAAUCUGCUGCCCAUAGCCAUAGACAAGUUUCGGCAGAUUUCGGGUCGCCAGUGCGAAAUCCUAAGGGAGCUGCACACAAACAUGUCGCGACAGCACGGUGCACCAUUACCCCGCCAGCGCAGCGUGUACACCACAGAUGUCUUUUAAAAGAUUUGGGGAACUCUUUGUUUUGCUUUACUUUUUUGAUUACAUAUAAAGUUUUUUAAUUUUUUGUCGUUUUGCUUCAAUUAUUUAUAAUAUAAUUAUAUACAUAUAUAACCACAAUAAUAUUUUGUAAAAUUAAAAAUCGAAGCAUGUGCUGCACUCUAAACUGGGAGCGCGAGGUGCGUGCCCACUCUCUA